CUACCUGGCUUCUAUAUAUAAAGGCAGAUAUUCUGCAUUAAGAAAUAAAAAAAAGUAAGAAUGAAUACCAUACUUCACAUUCUCUUGAACUUUGUUAUUGUUACAGUAUCUGAAGCUAGUCAUUUUAGAGGCGGCACAAUAAGUUGGCAACCUACUGGAAUCGGUUAUGGGGUCCAGUUUUCAUUUAAGCUGGGGUGGCGAUAUGGUACGGGACCUGGUUGCACCCCAGCGUUGAUAGGUUCCCUGGUUACCGGGAUGAACAGUACCUUCUGGAGAUGUACGUCUGGUUGUAAUUCGACCUCCCAGUCUUUGAGUACAGUAAACUACAUAUGCACAGGUGCAAGCGUAGAAGAGGAUUGGGAACAAGGGGAGAGAAAUUUUGACUAUACCUUUCCAGGAGAGGGUCCUUUCGUCGUUGAAUUUGCAAGUUGUUGCUGGAUAAGUUUAGACUAUGGGACUUCUGCUGGAUCCUGGUCAAUUCGAACAGUCGUCUAUUUGGCCAUCAGGAGUGAUAUCCAGCAACCUAACACCAGUCCUGUCACAACAGGGAAGCCAAUGUACACAUUUCAAUAUGGUUGUCGCCUUGCCUUACAAAUUCCAGUGGCAGAUGCCGAUGGUGAUAUUUUAAGAUGUCGUUGGUCCAUUGGGUCAGAAUGUGACUCUGUCUGUUCCGCUCUCCCUUACGCCAGCUUAGAUAGUGAAACAUGCACGAUAUCUUUUCCAUCAAAUCACACUGUAAAUGGCACGUAUGCUGUAGCCGUAACUGUGGAAGACUUUCCGCGCUCAAAUAUUACUAUUGGUGGGACGACGUACACUCCUUCUGACCCAAUGACGGCAAUUCAUCUCCAGUUUCUUGUCAGGACUGCUAGUUUGUCCGGUGGUUGUGAGGAGCGACCUGUUUUUGUCAAUAACACUCCUCCAGAGGGUACCAUUUAUAACGUUUUGACGGGACAAACAUUACACAUCUCAUUUUACAUCGCUAGCAAUCAAACAAUAACAAGAGUUGAUGUUACCUCACCAGCUGGGAUGACGUAUACUUCUCCCAUGCCAUACCCAGGACGACCAGGGGUUUUCUUUAUCAACACAACAUGGACACCAACAGCACUUCAGAUCGGUUCACAUAUUCUAUGCGCCUUGGCAGAAGAUAAUAAUGGAAAAGCAAGUGAUUCUCGUUGUGUUGAAAUAAGAGUUACAGAUAUAAGCCCUUGUUUAUAUGAACCUUGUCUGAAUAAUGGGACAUGCAUUCGCCUAGGAAUGACUCAAAACUUCACGUGUAGCUGUAUUUCUGGGUACACCGACAGAAUAUGUCAAACAGGUAUUUCAGACUGCCUCGUACAAAAUGAUUACAUUUGA